GCCGGGAGAGCGAGCGAGUUGCGCAGCUGCCGUGCGCGCACCCCCCCCGCCGCCGCCGCCGCCGCCGCCGCCGCCGCCGCCGCCAGCGCCAGCAGCAGCAGCAGCAGGGGCAGGAACAGGAGCACCUCACUGGCAUUUAACGAGCGGAGCUGCUAGUUGCGCUGGAGAGAGACGCGCAGGGAGGAGGAGGAGGAAGAAGAAGAGGAGGAGGAGGAGGAGGACGGGAAGAGGAGAAGGAGGAGGGGAAGAGGAGGAGGAGGAGAAGAAGAAGAAAAAGAAGAAGAAGAAGAAGAAGAAGACGAGGAGGGAGAAGAGGAGGAGGAGGCCAAACGGACACCAACUGAAACAAAAGUAUUUCCAAACCAGCACCCAACUCCACCUUGUGAGGCUCCCACAGCAUGGCUUCCGAGGAACUCUACGAGGUAGAGAGAAUUGUUGACAAGAGGAAAAACAAGAAAGGAAAAACAGAGUAUUUGGUGCGAUGGAAAGGAUACGACAGUGAAGAUGAUACUUGGGAGCCAGAACAGCACCUUGUCAAUUGUGAGGAAUAUAUACAUGAAUUUAACAGACGCCACAAUGAAAAGCAGAAAGAAAGCACAUUAACCAGGACAAACAGGACCUCUCCAAAUAAUGCCAGAAAACAAAUUUCUAGGUCUACCAAUAGUUCUUUUGCAAAGACAUCUUCUAAAUCUUUAGUUAUGACUAAAGAACACGAGUCAAAAAAUAGUCAACUUUUUUCUGCCACACAGAAGUUCCGGAAAAACAAUUCACCAUCGCUUUCUGGACGUAAAAAUAUGGACCUUGCAAAAUCAGGUAUUAAAAUCCUAGUGCCCAAAAGUCCAAUUAAGAGCCGGACAACAGUUGAUGGCUUCCAGAAUGAAAGCCCAGAUAAAAUGGACCAUAUAGAACAAGAUCAAGAUGACUCUGUAGCACCAGAAGUAGCAGCAGAAAAACCUGUGGGAGCUUUGUUAGGACCUGGUGCAGAGCGUGCAAGGAUGGGGAGCCGACCAAGGAUACAUCCAUUAGUGCCACAAUUGCCAGUGCCAGUUACAGCCACAGCAUUAACAAUAAAUGGAAAAGGUACACCCACCUUCAUGGAAGCUUUAGCAGCUAAUGGUACAACCAACAUCCAGACAUCUGUAACAGGAGUGACAGCCAGCAAACGAAGGUUUAUUGAUGACAGGAGAGAUCAGCCCUUUGAUAAAAGGCUACGUUUCAGCGUGAGACAAACGGAGAGCGCGUACCGGUACAGAGACAUUGUUGUCAGGAAACAAGAUGGAUUCACACACAUUUUGCUAUCCACAAAGUCGUCUGAAAAUAAUUCAUUAAAUCCAGAGGUAAUGAAGGAAGUCCAAAGUGCACUGAACACAGCAGCUGCAGAUGACAGUAAACUUGUGCUGUUCAGUGCAGUUGGUAGCAUUUUCUGCUGUGGUCUUGAUUUUAUUUAUUUUAUACGUCGUUUAACGGAUGAUAGAAAAAAGGAAAGCACUAAGAUGGCAGAAGCUAUUAGGAAUUUUGUGAAUACUUUUAUUCAGUUUAAGAAGCCUAUCAUUGUAGCAGUAAAUGGCCCAGCCAUUGGACUUGGAGCAUCUAUAUUGCCUCUGUGUGACGUGGUCUGGGCCAACGAGAAGGCCUGGUUUCAGACACCAUACACUACUUUUGGACAAAGUCCAGAUGGAUGUUCAUCCCUUACAUUCCCUCGGAUUAUGGGCCUGGCUUCUGCCAAUGAAAUGUUGUUCAGUGGAAGGAAGUUGACAGCGCAGGAAGCUUGUGCCAAAGGACUCGUCUCCCAAGUGUUCUGGCCAGGAACAUUCACACAGGAAGUAAUGGUUCGAAUUAAAGAACUUGUCACAUGUAAUUCAGUUGUACUUGAAGAAUCCAAAGCUUUAGUACGUAACAUCAUGAAGGUGGACUUGGAACAAGCAAAUGAAAAGGAGUGUGAAGUUUUGAAGAAAAUCUGGGGCUCAGCACAAGGGAUGGACUCAAUGUUAAAAUAUCUGCAGAACAGAAUUGAUGAAUUCUGAUGAGAUGCCCGUGACACUGGAAUUGUAUUUCUUGGACAUCGGGGCAAGCAAAAUAAGCCCAUUUAAAAAACCCUUAUAUAAACUAACCCCUUGCUCAGCUUGGGAACAGGAGUGGACACACACCCCCCUCCCCUUUUAUUGUCAAGGGGUUUAAAAGUACUGUAUCUCUUAAAUUUGAACAAAACUCCUUUCUCCCUGAUUGUUACAUGCAGAUGUAUACACACACAAGUGUAUGUGUGUGCAUAUAUCUAUAUAUGUCUUUUAUAUAUAUAUAUAUAUAUUUAUAUAUAUAUAUGGAUAUAAAUGUAAUAUGUGUGAGAGUGUGUAUGUAGACACACACACACACACACACACACUAGGUUAAAAAUUAUAGAGUGCACUACCAAACAUCUCUUUAAAAGCUCUAGUUUUUGUUAUCUUUGGCUAGUACUGUAUCAAAUAGAGAAUUAAUUAAAAAGUGAAUGGUGUUGCAUUAUUUUCUGUGUGGCAGGGAAGUCUGGAGUAAUGCUUUUCUUUUUCAUGAGAAUACAGAAUUGAAACGGGUAUUAGCCAGCCCUUGCUUUCUCUGCCCAACGAGUCAGCUUAGAGAAAAGGUAUUGUCUCAGAAGAAGGUUGAAAUACCUCAAGUAAUGGAACAUUCUGAAACUUUGGGGUACACAAACCCUAUUAUGCUUAAAUCACACAUAUCCCCAAAAAGAGAGUGUGCUCAGGAUGAAUGCUAAGGAAACACUCUGUUAUUUUUUGGGGGGGAGGUAUAGAGGGGUGGGAGGAAAGGGCAGGAGUAUGUCUGAUUCUUACCCAGACAGCAUGAAGAAACCACUGUCUCUUAGGGAAAGGGAAUGAGGGAGAGCCAGAGGGAAAUGGAAGGGGAAAGGAAGGAAAACAAAAGAAAAAAACAACACAAAAAAGCUUGUUUUGCAGUAUUAGUGAAUCACUGAAUAUCUUAUGUAUGAUUAUCCUAAGUUAUAAGUUAGUUUUAGUGGGUUUUUAAAAAGCCUCUCUGGGUUAUUUUUUUGUUUGUUUGGGUUUUUUGUUUGUUUAUUUUGGGUUUUUUUUAAUAACUACAUAAGUGCUCCUGUUGCUGGGUGAAAAUACUACUUUAUAUACAGUUUGGGUUUUGUUUUUGGUUCUUUUUUCCUAUUUGCUGGUUUAACUGAGGUAUUACACCAAAAAUGCAUUUUAUGUUCAUAAAUUUUAGGUUCACUUAGAAUAUAUUAUUUAAUAAGUUAAAAUUCUUUUGGCACACUAUUAAGUAAAAAAAAAAAAACUCUUUAAAAAAAAAAACUACCUUAUAUUAGAUGUUUAAUGUUCUUUGUCUAUGCUUUUUUAUUAUUUGAAAUAUACACUAUAUGCAGUAUGGUGUAAAACAGUGCCCUGUGUAAAUAGACCUAUUUUGCAUUCCUUUCAGGAGUGGUUAUUGAUUCCUGACUGCAGAUAUCUAUUAUUACUUGGGUAUCUGUGCUUGCAAUCUUAUUGAAUGUAUUAUGAAGAAUGAAAAUGAAAUCAAACCUUAUUUUUGUACAGUUUUGAACUUUUUACUUGGAACUGACCCACCUCCCCUUCCCAGUGGAGAGCUGUACAGUGUGUAAAUCUGCCUUUACCUUGAAUUGGUACAGUAUUUUUGCAUCUGUGGGACCUACUUCUUUGUUCUAGUAGUUUGAACUAUAUAUAAACUGUACAAUCUGUAAAGUUUUUAUAGAAUAAAUAUUCAGCUGUGAAAACUGGUUAAAUAAAACUAAUAUUUCUUAACACAUUUUAAAUGUGGUUCUCUCACAGAGUUGUCUUUUUUGAAGACACUUCCAUUCUAGUUUUGAAGUUGCUGAAAAAAAACUUGUAACUUAGAUGCUUUAAUAUUUGUUUUAUAUUGUUUAAAAAGCUCAUAAUUUCCUUCAAAUUAAAACUUGAAUAUUAAUUUAUUGAUGUAAAUUUUAUGUAAAUUUUCUCUAACAGAAAGAUGGGGAAAGAAGACAUAGGGAGUCAUUCUGCUUUUAAUUAUUUUGUUAGAGUUCAAACUAAUGUUCAGUAAAUGCUUUUUUGCAAGGGAGUCAUUCUGCUUUUAAUUAUUUUGUUAGAGUUCAAACUAAUGUUCAGUAAAUGCUUUUUUGCAAUCUCUUAAAAAA